AUGAACGGUAUCGAAAACGGGCAGAGUUUCGACCCGGCGUUUGACGCCUUCUUCCAAGCGCCAUCCUCCUCGUCGCCACACCAUCAGCUCCAACACGUAGGCUCGGACACACCAGCAUCGCUCUCGCAUAUGGCUAGCAACGCCGAUUCCAAUCCCUCGCUCAGCCCCUAUGGGCACGAUGCAGCGGCUGCCGCCAUGCGUCCCAACUCCUCCAGCGGCAAUCUCCAUCUCAACAUAUCGGGUCUUUCUGUAAAUAGCGAAGCUGAGCACCAGCAGCGGCAGCAGCAGCAGCAUCUCUCUAACUCGCUUAACCUUGCUGGCACCACCGCUUCUUCGCCUCAAUCAAAUCUGGCCUCACCUGCAGAUGCAACCACCUCAUUCCACUUGAGCGGUGCACCUGCUCCUACUUCAUCGCCAAUGCUACAUCCCGAAGGCACUGCUGCUUCCGUGUCGGACGCUCAUCCCGCAGCGCCCUCUGCAUCCUCGCCGCUACGCACAGAAUACAACCUCAACAACGAAACAGAGGCAAUGACCGCAGCCAUGCGAUCCUACAGCUCCACCUCGAUCAAAAGCGCCCCCGGCUCCCAGAAUGCAGACAGUCCCACUUCGGGCCUCGGAGGCAUGGGCAACCAGAGUUUGGGGGACGUCUCCGUCGACGACCCUAACGUCACCAGCCAAUCCGAGGCCGACCUGGCUGCAGAAAAGAGGCAGAGCAGUAAAUUCGUCUACAAGCUCUUCCGCAUGGUCAGCGACCCUGACUAUCAGCAUCUCAUCAGCUGGAAUCGAAACGGCACCAGCGUCAUGGUGUGCAACUUUGACGAGUUCGCCAAGGAGGUGCUCGGCAAACAUUUCAAACACAGCAACUUUUCCAGUUUCAUUCGGCAGCUCAACAUGUACGGCUUCUACAAGGUCAACAAGACGCCGCGCGGUCAUCGCCAGUCGGUCGAUGCCCAGAUCUGGGAAUUCUCGCAUCCCAAAUUCCUGCGUGGCCGACCCGACUUGCUCGACGACAUCCGCAGGAAGGCGUUGGACUCGGAGCACGCUCGUGUUGAAGCACGAGAUUUGCAGUACAGCGUCAGCGUGGGCCAGAUGCAGUUGCGACAGCAGGUCGACGAGAUGCAAUUCAGGCUCGAGGAGCUCACCGAGCAGAAUAUGGCGCUUCGCACUUUCACUACGCAGCUCAGAGACGUGCUUGGAAUCGUGCUGGAGCACGUCAAAAAGACAAGCGGGGGCAAUCUUGGCUUUGAUGUGCGUAUCCCUACGCUCGAUCUUCCGUCGCCAAUCCCUCCGCAGGGCCUGUGGACUCCUCAGGGGCACGACGGUCCGCCCAUUUUCGUCACGGAGCCCGAGUUUGGUGCAGGUGUUGGCCCCGGUGGUCUACGCAUGGGCCUAGGUGCAGGGCACGCACCUCAGGCUAUGCAUGGUCCUUCCCCGACCUUUGGCGCAGGUCCCGAGAGCUUUGGAAUGGCGGGCACACCUAUCUCUCGGCGCGUAUCGUCGAGCUCGGCGCACAGCGAAGGCAUGCUCACGAUGAACGGUUCACCGAUGCACGGCUCGAUGCAUGGCGAAGCUGCGAUGAUGGGGAUGGGCUCCAAUAUGACGCCUCAACGUUCGGCCUCGUUUGGCGAGGGUCAAAUGCCUCCUCCGCAGUUCAACUUGGGCCGUGGCGGAGGGCCGGGUGGGAAUCGACCAGUUCUCGCUGGAUUGGCCAUCGACACUUCGCCGGCAGCGGGCAUGUUUGCGCACGGCAUGCAUCCGGGUGUGAGCCCCACCUCUGCCGGGUUGUCUGCCAGCAAUGCAGGCCUGGGGGUCAUGAGCAUGCCGCCGUCGCCGCUGACACCCCAGCACCAGGCCAUGAUGGCUGCCAUCAACACGCCGCUCCCACCUUCGCCUGCGCCAGGCGCCAUGAUGGGCGGUCAGUUCAAGUCGUUUGACGGAUCGCCGUUCCUGCCCGGUAAUGGUUUCCCGCAGUAUGGCGGCAGUCACAACAACUUCAACAUGGCUGACUCUGGCUUUUUCGGCCCCGACGGUGGCGAAGGACCGAAUGCAAAGGCGAUGCGCACGCCCAUGAAGCGUACUGCUUCCAACUCGGGGCCGAGUGCUCAAGGGACGCCCGUUUUGAUGCAAGCGACAUCGCCAGGGCUUGCCAAAAGAAAAUCGCCGAUAUGA